CACGUCACGUCACUCUGAUAAUGCUAGAAAGAGGAGGUUCUGUCCGCCACGAAACGAUGACGAUUGGGCCUCGGACAACUCAUCUCGAAGGAAACCCAGAUCUGCUGUCGAGCAAACACACUCUUUGAAGUCUUUCACGCUCACUCUCUCGCUCGCUCACGCAUUUUAUAUACCCCUCACCAUCGAUUUGGCAGCAGCUUCGCACCAUGCCAAAAUUACACCUGGAAUCAGACUCCAGCCUCAAGCGCCGUAGUCUUUUCGCAAGAACUCCUCUUCGCGCACUGACUCCCAUUAACACAGACGAUCUGGAUGGAAACAGUGGCUCUAGUACAAAUCUACUGAAAAAGCGACGUGCUUCUUCGGCUGCAUCGCAUGCGGUUAAUCAGAUUCGCGAUAAACCUCCUACAAGUCCACACGCACAUAGUCCUGCUUCGCCCUCACGCUCCGAAAAGCCGACCCGAGGCGCACUGUCGAGGCCGGCAUCUUUAAUGGGCUCAUGGAAACUCUCGCGAUCAUCGGACAGCUACGAUGAUAUCGGGCUGCUACCUUCCAGUACAAAGUCCUCGUUUGCUGAAACUGAAGAUGGGGAAGCCUCCUAUUACCCUUCCGAGGUCCUGUUGCACGGGGAGGUUCAAACGAGUAGCUCCAUGUUCCGAAAGAAGCGGGAAUAUCUAGUGCUUACCGAGACACACCUAGUCCGGUUCAAGAGCCAACAAAAGGCGACAGAGUCUUUCAGCAGCGUCUCUCCAUCCGUUCACCGUAUUCAAGCAGCAAGACAUUCUUAUUCACCAUCCACAGGCUCAAUGCACGAUCUAACAUCGGGACUGUCCGAACAUUCAGGUGAGCGCGAAUUGGGCACUCCCUUGAGGCACGUUGUCGGGGUUUACCGCCUUGAUGAUGGACGACCCUGGUUCGCUUUGGAAAUUGCAAGCUUGGAUGAAAAAAACAACAAUGCAUCUGCCAUGACACUGCAAUUUGGUGAGCCCAAAGACAUGGAUUUGUGGCUCAGGUCGAUCCGCGAAGCGGCUAACCGAGUAAGAAGGGCUGAUGCAGCCCCUAUAUCACUCGCAAAUUCAACAAUGGUUGCACGAGUGGUCGAGCGAGAACAAGAUUAUGAGCCGCCCAAUUUCUCGAUUCAUAAAGUGGUACUUCGACCGGGUACCAAGAACAGUCGGUCCUCUUCAUCUGACGAUAUCCUCAGGGUUGCCACGACAGUAUGUUUCCUUGCGAUUGGAGUUCACAAGGUCCACCUGAUUCCACUCAGUAGAUCGUCCUCACGUGGCACUACCUCUACCCUCGGUUCACAGACUGUUCAAGAAUCGCAUGGCGUUCUCACCUUGACCUAUAUGGAAGUUGACGAGGUCGACGACAGUUUUGAGAUGACCUUUCGUACGCCUCUCCGUAAGCCCAAAGUAUUCCAGCUUGCCAGCCUAGCGUCCCACGAGAUCGCAAUACGUCUAAGGGCAAUGGAAGAACAGCUACGACCUGAAUGGGAAUCGCGGCCAUUCAAGCUCUUCCUGCCGAAAAAUGUGAGUGAUGACAUUCUACGGAAUGCGAAUGCGAAUGCGCACGCUGUCGACCUGGAUUCUCUCGACCGAACACUGAUCGGCUAUUGUGUUGCAUAUGAUGUCAAUCCCAGCAGUAUUAGGUACAAGAUAACACACCCGGAGGAUGAUGGACCUUGUUUCCAAUUGCUUCCACCUGUUGACCGCCGCACGGGUCAGUAUGGAAUGACAGAACUACUUGCCAUUAUGCGGGCUCUUAGAUACAACGAAACGUUUGGUUCGCUAUCCUUUGCAGAUGUACAACUUGACACACUGAACGGUGUGGCUGACGGCUACGGCUUCGAACAUGUCUGUACAAAGACCAAGCGAGGAACUCCGAUUCAGAUGAGCUCGGAGAAACUUAAUGAAGCUUCGCUUCUCGUCCAAGAAAUCCGGGCGUUAGCUGUUACGAAUAGGAAACUUCGACGCUUAGAUUUCACAUCGUGCAUUCUUCGAAGACCCUCCAAUGGCGACGAGACGGGACGCGGGCGUGACCUGGGCUGUGGAAUCGUGGAGGCCUUGUUCCCUCUAUGCAAGCAUAACACCACAAAUGUUGAUUGGAUCAUCCUGAACAACAUUCAGCUCGGUGAGACUGAUUUAGACUACCUCGUCGAAGCAGCCGUGCUUCGGACAUGUCACUUUCGAGGAUUCGGGUUCUCCAACACUGGUCUCUCUGAUCGCACGUUAUCGUUUGUUCUUGAUGCUCUUCGAAACCAGGAAAACACAUUGGAGGCACUGGACCUUUCUCGAAACAUUGCUCGCAUCACUCCAUCUUCAUUUGACUCGCACAUCGGUGCCUUUGCGUUCAUCCGAAAGCUCAAUCUUGCCAACCUAAGCCGAACGUCUGGUCCAGAACCGUUGAUGUCCGCAGAAACACUGGACGUAUGGAGGCUUUCUGAGCUAACACUCAGUGGUGUUCCACUUAAUACUGCAAGCGUGGAUGCACUUUGUAUGUACCUCCACAACUUCAAGCAGUCCAAAGGAUUACGUGAGCUCUGCCUAGAUCAUACUUUCUUGAAUGGCAAGGACAUUGCCUUGAUCAUGCAAACUAUGACGGAGAAUCCAGGCGAGGGCCGUGAGAUGCACCUUGAUGUGAGCCAAAACAACAUAGAGCUAGGGCUUGUAGAGUUCACGCGUGCAAUCGCCAGCGGGUAUGCACCGAAAUAUUUGACAUUGCGACUGCUCGAGUUUGAAGACGAAGGAGCCUUCCGUAAACUUGUUCUAGCCAUUGCAGCGAACACGACCAUCCUAUCACUCGAUUUCUCUCAAGCUUCUCUACCCAGUGAUGCUUCGGACGCAACAUGCAAAGCUCUGGAAAAGAUGUUCUCGGAUAACAGGACCUUGCAGUAUCUGGACAUCUCUGGGGAAGAAUCACGAUUAGAGACUACCAAGCUAGGCGUAGGUGUCAAUCGAGCCCUGUGGGGAUUGACUGAGAACACUUCUCUGCGGACGCUGUGGAUUCGUUUUCAGAAAUUAGGUAUACAAGGAGCCAGUACGCUCGCAGAUGUACUUAAAAGUAAUCAGACAUUGACUGAAGUACACUGCGAGCACAACGGAAUAAACCUCUCUGGGUUUACCGACCUAGUAAACGCUCUUAACCGCAACACAACACUGCUGUAUCUCCCAGAGAUGGACGAAAGUCGACAAAUAGCUCUGAAGCAAACAGAAGAUCAGGUCAAGCAGAUGCGUGAUGAUGUGCCCGCUCAAGGGCCAAGCAAAGCAAGCUCUGCGCGCACUAAGUUUGCCAAUAUGGUUGGAAUGCCGACCAUUGCCAUCGGCAAAGAUAGAACCUCUCCUGGCCCAUCGUCACUGUCCGACCAAGAUAUAAAAGCCGCACUUGCACUUGUAGAUGAGAGCUGGGAUCGCCAAGUUUACCGGCUACGUCUGUAUCUCCAGCGUAAUAUCGACAUAGCGAACGGUGUCCCUACCAACCUUGAGAUCGACGAGGAAGACUUCGAACGGCCGGACACAGGCACUGGAAGUAUCAGUAAGAUGAUUGAGCAAGCGAAGAUCGAUAGCACUCCAACAUUGGAGAAGCAAAUCAGCUUCAGCGCUUACCUCGAUACUACAAUGCCUUCCUCUGGCACGACUACUGACGAGAGAGAGCAAGAUGAACUGGACUUCUACAAGGAAAUAGCUUCAAAGCUACCAUAGAGCCAUGGUACAUUUUGGUUUUUAUGCAUUCGGACG